AUGAAUCGACUACUGCAGAAAAUGAAGGGAUUGCUCGUUUGUCUAGUACUUGUUACAAGCUUGACCUACGCCGAAGAAAAUGGAAACAGACCAGUUUUGAGAAGGGUGACUCGCCAAACAAUUAACAGCCUUAGCGGUGCUUUUAUAAAGCAAAUCGAAGCUAACGUCAUAUUGAAUUGUAAAGCAAACGGCUUGACCACCAGCGGUGCUACCGAAUUACAGGAAACCUUCGAUAAAAUGAAAAGCUGUUUGGGAACAAAAACGGUAUAUUCCGUGUCGAAAGACGAGUACAUCCAGCACAUUGUGUCCUGCAGCAAAGACGCUGUUCGUGAAACCGAAAACUGCUUGGAAAGCAACCAACGUUACUUCCCCAAUUUCAUCUUGGAUUUGGCCAAGUCCUUGGUUAAUUUCAUGUACGAUGACAAAGCCGCACUGGGCUCCAUGGAAAUGACUGCUUGCAUCAGGAAAUUCGCCACCGUCGACGCACGAAUGUAUUACUUCGGUUGUAUAGUGAACGCUUCCAUUCAGACUCAUGACACGCAGGAAAUACCGCACUCGAAAGGCGAUUUUUGCAGCAAAUUUGUUCCGGCCGGAAAAUGCUUCCCCAAGACCAUGAACAAGUAUUGCGAUCACAACAGCAACGUCGAAAAAUUCAUCUCGGAUUACUCGAAAUCUAUGGAGAUACCCUGCGAGAUCAAAGAACAGUGA